CGCGACACCUUCAAAAUUCCUCCCAUCUACUACUUCUCGGCCAACCACCACCACCUUCAGCCGUCGUCGGAUUCGCAGCCGCGAUCGCAACCGCAAUCGCAGUUACGUGCCGCAGGAACAUAGAAACCGUAUUGUCGCUGCGAAUCCACCCAUCCUCGCACGGGCUUCCCGAUACCAUGACGUGACCAUGUUUACCUUCAGUCCUCUAUUGGGGGCGCUUUCGGAAUCGGCGGCGUCGCAAUCCAUCUUGGAGCUCGACGGGGGGAUUAAAGUCCUGGUUGACGUCGGCUGGGAUGAGUCGUUCGAUGUUUCCAAGUUAAGGGAACUAGAGAAGCAAGUCCCGACGCUUUCCCUCAUCCUGCUGACCCAUGCGACGACGAACCACAUUGCCGCCUUCGCGCACUGCUGCAAGCACUUCCCCCUCUUUACGCGGAUUCCCGUCUACGCGACCUCCCCAGUCAUCUCGCUCGGCCGAACGUUGCUCCAGGAUAUCUACGCCUCGACUCCUCUCGCCGCCACCACCAUCCCGUCAAGUUCUCUCGACGAGGUCUCCUACACCGCUCAACAGUCUUCCUCUGAUAUCCUCCUGCAAGCUCCGACCCCCGAGGAGAUUGCAACAUAUUUCUCCCUCAUCCACCCGCUGAAAUACUCUCAACCCCACCAGCCUCUCGGCUCCCCGUUCUCCCCCCCUCUGAACGGACUAACCAUAACAGCCUAUAACUCGGGUAGAACGCUCGGCGGUACUAUCUGGCACAUACAGCAUGGGCUAGAGUCCAUCGUUUAUGCCGUCGAUUGGAACCAGGGACGGGAGAAUGUGUACGCGGGAGCGGCCUGGCUGGGGGGUGCCGGUGGCGGUGGUGCCGAGAUCAUCGAGCAACUACGGAAACCAACCGCCCUAGUCUGCAGCAGUAAGGGAGGCGAGAAGCCGUCCAUCUCUGGCGGCCGGACCAAGCGGGAUGAGCAAUUGCUGAGCAAGGUUAGGACCUGCGUUGCCAGGGGCGGGACCGUCCUGAUCCCGAUCGAUUCCAGUGCGCGGGUGUUGGAACUAGCGUACCUGAUGGAUCAUGCGUGGCGAGUGGAUGCGUCGACGGGUGAGGGCCAGCUCAAGUCUGCCAAACUUUACCUUGCCGGUCGUAAUAUCCACAGCACCAUGAGGUACGCUCGGAGCAUGCUAGAAUGGAUGGAUGAUAGCAUUGUCCGGGAGUUCGAAGCCGUCGUCGAUGGAUCCAGGCCGGCGAACGGCGGCGCCGAUGGAGCCAAACCCGGUAAGGAGGCUGGCCCGUUCAACUUCAGAUUCCUGAAGCUCCUCGAUAGAAGGGGACAGAUUGACAAAAUACUCCGUGACACCGCCGACGAAGGUCGUGCGGUUGGUAAGGUGAUACUUGCAAGCGACUCCACGUUGGAAUGGGGCUUCUCGAGAGACGUGUUGAAGCAGAUCGCCCAGGACUCGAAGAACAUGGUCAUUCUAACCGAGUACCCGUCGCUGGUUUCGGAGGCACGCGUCUCGCUGUCGAGGAGCCUCUGGACGUGGUGGAAAGAAAAGCAGGAACACGCAAGUGACAGCGCGAACGGCGAAACUCAACAUGACCUAGAGUUUACGGACGCGAAGAGGGAGGCCCUAGAGGGCAGCAGCCUAGCCAUCUACCAACAAUGGCUCGCACAACAACGCCAACUUCAGACCACCCUCCAGAACGGAGGAGCUAAUGCACUCGAGGCGUCCGGGGAUGUAGGUGACGAGGCUUCCGAGUCCGAGUCCGAGUCGGAGGAUUCCGAUAACGAGCAACAAGGUAGAGCGUUGAACGCUGCGACUACGAUGGGCCAGGCGAGUAGAAAAAAGGCCGCUCUGACAGACGAAGACCUCGGCAUCAACAUACUAUUAAAGAAGAAAGGCGUCCACGAUUUCGACGUCAGAAAUAAGAAAGGGCGGGACAGAAUGUUCCCGCACCCAGUUAGAAGAAAACGUGGAGAUGAUUACGGGGAGCUUAUCCGCCCCGAAGAUUUUCUCCGAGCGGAGGAGAGGGAUGACAACGAUGGACAGGAUCCGGCGCAGGGGGCGAAGGAUGAAGUCCAGGAGGGCCUCGGGAAGAAGCGGAAAUGGGACAACGCUGCCAUCUCCGCCAAGAACCAGGGCAGCGGGUCGUCAAAGCGACCGCAUUUCGGGCGUACCACCUCGGACGACCUCGAAGUGGUAGUCACGAACGAUUUGGUCGAAGACGAGCUGGACGGCGUCCCAGAUGAUCUAGACGAGGCGGCAACCGGCCCUUCGAGGCUAGCGUUUACGAAGGAGACGAUCACAAUCAACCUGGAGGUCGAGUUUAUCGACUUCAGCGGCAUCCAUGACAAGCGUAGUCUGCACAUGCUGAUUCCCUUGAUUCAGCCCCGGAAACUCAUAUUCAUCGGUGGGAGCGAGGAUGAGACGCUAGCUUUAGCUUCGGAUUGCAAGAAGCUACUCGCCGAAGGAUCCACCGGAAUUUACACCCCAGGCGUCGGCACCACCAUCGACGCGAGUGUCGACACGAAUGCUUGGGUGGUCAGGCUGGCUCCCUCUCUCGUCAAGCAGCUGAAGUGGCAGAAAGUACGGGGAUUGAGCAUCGCAACAGUCACCGGCCUACUGCUUGCUCUACGGAAGGAGGCUCUUGGGACAGCCCACGACGAGGAUGCGGCGAAUAAGCGCCUCAAGACGGAAGAGCCGGAAGACUCAGCGGAGGCGGUGGUAGCUGUGGAGCCGACGCUUGACGUGCUUCCCAGCAGCAUGGCAUCGGCGACCCGGUCCGUGGCCCAGCCGCUCCACGUCGGUGAUUUACGACUGGCCGACCUGAGAAAAGCCAUGCAGCAAUCGGGCCACACGGCGGAGUUUAGAGGCGAAGGCACGCUGUUGAUAGACGGGUCGGUGGUGGUGCGGAAGACGACAGCGGGACGGAUCGACGUGGAGAGCAUCGGCCUGCCAACAGACGGCGGCCCGGCAACCCAACUCGGCGGUACGUUCUAUGCGGUCAAGAGGACGAUCUAUGAGAGCUUAGCGGUCGUGGCUGGUGCUUAAUUGGACAAUAUUACUGGGGAUUUGUGUGAAUAUCUUCGCAGCACUAGACGCUCGCGCUGGGAACCGCAACGUAUAGGUGCUUGUGCCAUUGCUUCUGUUGUGAUCUCAGUUCCGGGAUCUCACUCCGUGGCAAGCGAAAUAGACGAAUACCGCCAAGCAGUUACUGGAGAGUGCAACUGAGCUGACUAUAGCGGGUCUCGCGUGUCGCUUUGACUAGUCAGGUCGUAGGUAAAGCCCCCUGACUUACUGGUAUAUAAAAGCCCUUUGUCCGGAAGCUGUUUCGCCCUACGUCGAGAUCGUCUGCUCCUAAAAGGGGAGAAGACUUGCUUACGCUCUCCCUCUCUCCCUCUCUGUGGAGGAAGUACUAUCUUGGAGAAGCCAAGGGAGUCGUGUAUCUCCUUGAUUUCCUGCGUCGAAACAUCAGUCUCGUAAGUAGUGGACAUGUUUUAUACAGUAGUGUAUCACUAUUCCCAGCAUAGAUAGGCGUUCCAGUAUCUCUUAGGUAGCAAAUACCAAGCUAUUAUAUAGGGGUAAUAUAUCAAGGCCGUUUCAG